AUGUCGACUUGGGCGCAAAGCGAUCGCACCGCCGCCGCUAAAAAUUCUGUGACUGCUGCAGCUAGAACGGCUGCUGCUGCUACAAACGCUGUGGCCGCUGCAGCUAAAACGGCUGCUGCUGCUACAAAUGCUGUAGUUGCUUUAGCUGAAACGGCUGAUGUUGCUACAAAUGCUGUGGCUGCUGCAGCUAGAACGGCUGCUGCUGCUACAAAUGCUGUAGUUGCUUUAGCUGAAACGGCUGCCGUCGCUACAGAUGCUGUGGCUGCUGCAGCUAAACCGGCUGCCGAUGCUACAUAUGCUGCAGUUGCUUUAGCUACAACAGCUGAUGUUGCUACAAAUGCUGUGGCUGCUGCAGCUAAAACGGCUGAUGUUGCAACAAGUGCUGUGGCUGCUGCAAUAAAACGGCUGCCGUCGCUACAGAUGCUGUGGCUGCUGCAGAUAAAACGGCUGCCGUCGCUACAUAUGGUUUUGCUGCUGCAGUAA